CAUAAUUCCCAUUUUAUUUUUCUCACCUUUUCCAAAAAAAAAAAAAAAAAAAAAAAUCAUUUUAUUUUUUCUUCCCCACCAUCGACGUGGUCACAAUCCCCAUUUUACCCCCACCACAUCUCCCUCUUCCCUUUUCUCACUACACUAUAAACCCCCCUUCAACAAACACUCUUCUUAAGUCAAAUUCGUCAAUUCAAAAUCCAAACACACAAAAAACUCACUCUCUUUCUCUCUCCUACUCCCUCUUUCUCUCUCCACCGCACGCGCCGCCGCCAUGUCGAGUCGCCACCUCCUGAACCACCUCUCCCAACUCACAACCGACGAAAACUCCCGCUUACUCCACUGGCAUUACUCCGAAUUCGACGACCACAAUUUCCAAAUCCACGGCCAAACCCUCUUUUACCUCUUCAUCCUCUUCUCCAUCAUCCUCCUCGUCACCCUCUUAUUACUCUACGCGCGGUGGUACUUCCGCUUUCGCCACGCCCACCACGCGCACUACCACAACUCACAAGCGCACGUAUCACACACGUCGGCAGACCCGGCCAUAUGCCACGGUCUAGAUCCGAUUGUCAUCAAGGCCAUGCCCAUACUCCUCCACCAACGGUCAUCCGUUGGAAGGGAAGAUGAAAUGGAAUGUUGUAUUUGUUUAGGUGUUUUCGAAGAUGGUGAUAAAGUCAAAGUGUUGCCUAAGUGUGAUCAUCGAUUUCACUCAGAUUGUGUAGAUCGUUGGCUUUGUACUCAAUCCAGUUGCCCACUUUGUCGACUCUCUCUCCGAGUUGACCCGCCUUCUGACCCGUCGGUAAUAUUAGCUGUAUGAUUUUUUUUCAUUAUUUUUUUUUGAUUUGUUUAAUACCAGAUCGAAAUUUACCCACUUCUAUUUUUUUUGUGGGUUAGUUGGUUAAUUAGAGAGGAAGAUUUUGAUGCAACAACCCAAAAAUCACAUAAUCGUGAUUCAGCGGAUUUGUUGAAUUUUUCUCUUUUUUAAUUAUUAUUAUGAUUAUUAAUAUAUAUAUAUUUUUUUCAAUAUUUUGUAAAAUGUAAAUAAGUGUGACAGUCGUACCAUCAAUUGAGUGUGUGACAGCGUCACUUAGACGACAGAACUGUAUUAAAUUAUUUGGUUGUAUAUUAUGGAGAACCAGAAAUUUUUUCCAGUUCUUUUAAAUUGUAAAAAUCAACCCUUUGUAGUUUGUAAUCCUAAUUUUGGGAUCUCAAUAUAAAUAUUGAAUGUUUUAUUUAUUUAUUUUUUUUGCAUAAUUAUAAUUGGGAACAAGAAAGUUCUGGAUAAAUAAAAAAAAAAAAAAAAAAGUUAUGGGGAAUUUGGAAUUAUUAGAUGGGAAAAUGGUGUACAACUAAUAUUUUGUUGUUUAAAUUCCCAUCUAAGAUAGAUAGAUAAGCUGAAAUGCAGAUCAAAGACCGUAUCUUGACAAUCCACUUGUUGUAUAUAAGUGGAAAGGGGUCACAUUUAUGAAUUGAUUCUUGAAAAUUGACUUAAUUUUACGACUCGAGACACUUAAUUUCCCAACUCAAAAGUUGUUGUAUCAUACUAACUUCGGACGGCUGGAUAAGGUUUAUGAUAUGACAUUUCACAUUUGGAUAAUUUGUAUUGCUAGUUUCUUUGGUACGAUACUUGAACCAAUUUGUUCAAUGUGAAAUUGAAAAUGAAGUGCAAGGUUUCUUAUAUUGAAUUCUAGUAUUUUUGAAAGUAUAUUCAUUCUUAGGUGUUGACGUGAAUAGAUGUGUUCCGGGGUGUUGAUGUGAAUGCGGAAGGUUACAAUUUUGUAGCAGGGAGAUUACGACAGAGAUAUUAGAUGUGAAUGCAGAAGGUUUCGAUUUUGUAGGCUGAUUACGACAGAGAUAUUAUUAAAAGAUCCUACUGAUAUUAGCUUAUGAUGAAUUAUUAGGUGAUAGAAUUGCAAAUUGCAUUAUUGUGGAAAAGUGAUACUGAUAGAUCAAUUUUGCAUACCAAAUAAGGGAAAUGUUAUGUUCAAUGUACUAAUUUAUGUCAAUUAGCGCUUAUCCAUGUAAUCCAUCACAUUUGUAGAUGUGGAGAGGUGUUAGAUAUGCUGUUUUUUCCAGUGAUAUUUUAGACUCCA